AUGCGUUUGUUGGUCGAGGUUGGGGCGUCGCGGUCGCCGACGCGGACUGCUAACUUGCAGCCUUGUAGUGGUGGUGGUGGUGGUGGGGAGCGGCCAGGCGUGGCCUGGGACGCGACAGGCAGCAGCGAAGGCGUCGUGUGGUGCUUGCUGCCUGCUGUAGCCUUUUUCCCGGCUCGUCGCCUCGUCGGUGGUUGCAGCGUCCGGCGCCCGGUGGGCAGCUACGGCAGCAGCAGGCUGCCAGGCUCCCUCCUUCAUCGCUGGGUCGUCUACUCUUCUGUGUCUUCUUCGGUUCUUCCUGUUUUCGCCGUCGCCGGCAUCCAAUCUAUCCACCCACGCUAUCGCCACCUCUCCCUCCGCGCCAGAUCAAGCGAGAAUCAGCUCGUCGCGUUCUGGGCGCCCUUGCUGCUCCUGCACCUCGGUGGCCCGGACACCAUCACAGCCUACGCCUUCGAGGACAACCAGCUCUGGCUGCGCCACCUGCUAAACCUCGCGGUGCAGGUCAUGGGGGCAGCCUAUGUCCUGUACCAGUCUGUUGCUAUUGCUAUCCAGAGGGCCUUGGUCACCCCUUCCCUGCUGAUGUUCGUUACUGGCCUUCUCUCUCAAGUAUGGGGAGAGGACAUGGGCGCUGAAGCAGGCUCUCUUGAUCUGCAGGACGACAGAGACCGUCGCCAGCCGUAUGAUGGACGGGUUGGAACAGCAGAGCUGGAUUCGGAGGACGUUCUGCUGGGUGCUCACUACAUGUUCAAUGCCUGCAAGAGCCUCUUCACCGACGAUCUGAUCACGUCGGGAGCAGAACUCGAAGCUAUUAAGGGCAUACAGUUCAAUGGUGGCAAGUACAUGUACGAGCUGAUUGAGAUGCAGCUGUCCUUGAUGUACGACAUCCUGUACACCAAGGCAGCCGUCAUCUACACAUGGUAUGGUUUCUGCAUCCGUCUCAUCUCACCGGCAUCCACUUUGGCAUCGUUCUUGCUGUUCCAGUUGAGCAGCAGCAGCCAUGGUGGUUACACUUACAGCAGAGUGGAUGUCAUCGUCACUUACAUUCUCCUGGCCGGGGCCUUUGUCCUCGAGAUCACGUCGUUGAUCAGGGUACUAGGGUCUUCCUGGGCAUGCGCCUUCUUACACGCUCGGAGAUGGGACCGGAUCCAUGGCGCCGUCCGGUGCCUUCGCCGGCUUCUCUGGGCAGCGAGGAGCCGAAGGUGGCUGGACUCGGUUGGGCAGUACAACCUGCUGGAUUUCUGCACUCGUGACAGGACCGAGCUAAGGAGCAGGAUCGCCAAGAAAGUAGGGCUGGAGAAGUGGUGGGACAAGCUCCAUUACUCGAGCACCAUCAGCAUUUCGGACAGCUUCAGGGACCUCCUGCUGGAAGAGAUACCAAGAAGGCAGCUAGGGGACAUGAGGGACGCGCGGGGCCGGUGGACGCUCCAGCAAAUAGCUUACCCGCCGGGGGCCAGCGACAGCCGCAGAUUAUACGAUGAGAUCAGCUGGAGCGUCAACGACACCGACUUCGAUCAGAGCAUCCUCAUCUGGCAUGUCGCCACCGACAUCUACCUCUCCUGCCGCCGGCAGCCUGAGCCAGCCGCGGAGGAUCGCCAUCGCCUAGGCCUAGCCAAAGCCGUCAAGGAGCUCUCCGACUACAUGUUCUUCCUCUUCGUCGUCCAGCCCCACAUGCUUCCGGGCCCGGUUCGGAGCAGCCGGUACGACAACAACUGUGACGGUUUGGUCACGCUGUGGCAACAACACUCUGCUGACAAGGAUGGCAUGGACCCGAUGCUGACACCAAGGGAAAACCUAGCUAGAUUGCUUUACCACGAGUACAGAGACAGAUCCGACGACGACGACGACGACGAUCGUGCUAGUCCAGCAGCAUCCUUUUCAGUUCAGAUGAUGGAAGAGGAAGACAAGAACCCCCAUGGUCUCGCUUACAUCGACGCGGCUGGGCUCACCGGAUUGCUCCUUAGCGAGCGCUCAGGUAUACCUGACGUGCUGGAAAUGAUCGCCGGAGUGUGGAUCGAGAUGCUGUGCUACGCCGCAAGACACUGCACCGAGGUUUCCCACGCCAAGCAGCUGAGCAGCGGUGGCGAACUGGUGACUGCAAUGGGGAUGCUGGUGGAGUACACCGCUAGGUAUGACCUGCAUUCUGAUGGUCAUGGAUCAGAGGAUGAUCGUCCACUGUCAGGGACAUCUAUGGAGAAUGGAGAACCUAGCACUAGCAGAGCGGCGGCUGAGGUAUCUGUCGAUCUCGAUAGUAUCAGUGAAGGUGCCGGCCGGAUCGGAGGUGAAAUAUGCGAGGAAUAAUGGGGUGGAAAAUUUGAUCGCCGAGAGAUAUUGUAACAAUGCUCGUUGCCUAGUGGAAAUGAAUUGAAGAAUCGAUGUAUAGGUAGGCAUUGUCAUGACAUCUGAUUCGAUGCAUGC